UCCGGGAGCCCGGCGCUGGCGGAGCGACGCGGCGGCCAAUCAGCGGCGGCGACUCACGGCCCCCGAACGUUGGGACAGCGGCCCCGCCCCGCGCUGUUGUUUGUGGUGUCGGCCGGGCGGCGGGCGCCGAACCACAACAUUCGCCGGCGGGCGGCCGGGCGGCGUAGCGGCGGCGGCGAGCGCGAGCCCAGGGCGGCCGGCCUCCGCGCCGCCGAGCCUCGCGUCGCGUCAUGUCGGUGAACAUGGACGAGCUGCGGCACCAGGUCAUGAUUAACCAGUUCGUGCUGGCCGCGGGCUGCGCGGCCGACCAGGCGAAGCAGCUGCUGCAGGCGGCCCACUGGCAGUUCGAGACUGCCCUGAGCACGUUUUUCCAGGAGACCAACAUUCCUAACAGUCACCACCACCACCAGAUGCAGAUGUGUACUCCCAGCAACACACCUGCCACGCCACCCAACUUCCCCGACGCACUGGCCAUGUUCUCCAAGCUUCGAGCUUCCGAGGGCCUACAGAGCAGCAACAGCCCCAUGACGGCCAUGGCCUGCUCCCCUCCUGCAAACUUCAGCCCUUUCUGGGCCUCAUCCCCGCCUAGCCACCAGGCACCCUGGCUUCCGCCCUCCUCCCCAACCACCUUCCACCGCCUCCACUGCCCACAGCCCACGUGGCCCCCUGGAGCGCAGCAGGGGGGUGCCCAGCAGAAAGCCAUGGCAGCUGUGGAUGGCCAGAGAUGAGACUGGGUGCUGCCGGGCACCAGGCUGAAGCUGGGGGCAGUCCAGGGUUGUGGAGACACAGGAAGGCCAGGGAGGGGGGCUGGACAGGGUGGGGGUGGGGGUUCCUGAAGAUCGCACUGGAAGAUUUUAUAAAAGGAUUUUUGUGGGGGGGGGGCAGUAAACUUCCUGGGCCACUUGGGUCCUUCAGGAGUUUCUCUUCAGGCAAGGUUUUUCCUCUUUUUAAUAUAUAACUAUAAUAUAUAUGAAUAUAUAAAUAUAACUAAUGUAUGUGAGAAUGGGGCUGGUGCACCUGGGGUGCCGAAGUGCUUAGUGCCCUCAGAGGGGAAGCACCAAGAGAACCUUUCUCUCAGGCCAGCGCCACUUCUGCCCCAGUCUUGUGGGGUAGGGGUGUGUUUCAAAGCCAGAUGGAAGGAUCUCCCAGCUGCUUCCUUUCAAAAGUCACUCCUGGAACUAAGAAGACCUCACUGCUCUAAGCCUGGGGGCAGCCAAAUAGCAGCUGCAGGAGGGUCCCAAAAGGGCCCAGUGCUUUCUGGGACUCUUCCUGCUGCUAGCCCAGGGGCUGCUAGACCCAGGGGUCCUCCCCAUUUCCUCUCCAACCCCCAUUGCUGUUGUCACCCCUGUCUGCAGCUGAGUGUGCAGGGCUGAAGAACUACCUUGGGUCAAAGGCCAGGCUCUGCCCACUGGGGACUUGACUGUCCCAUGGGCAUCCUGCCUCAUAGUGCACAUAUGGGGCUGGAGGAGAUUGUGUAGAUUCUUUCCCAAAGCAGAAUCCUGCCUCACCAGGGUGAAAUUUUAAUUUAAAAAGUUAAAAAGAGACUUUUCUAACUUC